CUGAGCCCUGGGCUGUGCUUGAAGGCUGGAUGUCUUCUGAAGUUCUGGGCUUUCAUUCAAACUGAUUCUCCAACAUGGAAAUUGAAAAUUUGGUGCAGAACAGUGUGCUCAUCAAAGCCAGAGAAGACGGCGGCAGCAAAGGCCGCAGCUGGAAAUGGAGGGAGAUGCUGCGCUUCCCCAACAUCAGCGAGUGCCAGGAGCUGGCCGCCACCAUCGAGCGGGAUUACUACAGUCUCUGCGUCAAGCAGCCAAUCGGCAAGGAGCUCUUUCAGCAGUUCUGCUGGGCUCAGCCGGACCUGCAGAACUACAUGACUCUGCUGAAGGAUCUGGACUCGUACGACAUGCUGCCGGAUGAGGAGAGGAUGGAGUUGGGCAUGAGCAUCGUCAACAGAUUCCUAACACGGAAGUCCCGCAUGAGCAUCCCCUUCCUGCUGAAGUUUGAAGAAACCUGCAAGCGGGACGUGAACUUCGAUCCAUACGUCUUUCACGCCUGCAAGGAAGAGCUGCACAGGUUCCUGAGCCAGGAGCCCUUCAACAAGUACCAGGACAGCAUGUUCUUCGACCGCUUCCUGCAGUGGAAGAAGCUGGAGAGGAAGCAGAUCAAUAAGAAGCUUUUCCGACAGUACCGGCUGCUGGGGAAAGGCGGGUUUGGAGAGGUGUGGGCUUGUCAGGUCCGAGCCACAGGGAUGAUGUACGCCUGCAAAAAGCUGGACAAAGGACACGUGAAGAGGAGAAGAGGAGAGAACUUGGCUCUCAACGAGAAGCAGCUUCUGGAGGAGGUGGACAGUCGAUUCGUGGUGAACCUGGCGUACUCCUACGAGACGAAGCGCACUCUGUGCAUGGUGCUGACCAUGAUGAGCGGCGGAGACCUGAAGUUUCACAUCUAUAACAUGGGGCAGCGCGGCCUGGACAGGAACAGGGUGUGCUUCUACGCUGCAGAGGUUUGCUGCGGUCUGACUCACCUCCACGAGAAGUUAAUCGCCUACAGAGAUCUGAAACCAGAAAACAUUCUGCUGGAUGACAAGGGACACAUCCGCAUCUCUGACCUGGGCUUGGCCGUCAAGCUGUCGGAGGGGAGGCUGGUGCGGGGCCAUGUGGGCACGCUGGGCUACAUGGCUCCUGAGGUGAUCAACGGUCAUAAGUACGGUUUGUGCGUGGACUGGUGGGGCCUCGGAUGCCUGAUUUACGAGAUGACCGCGGGAAAGCCUCCAUUUAAAGGCCGGAAAGAGAACGUCAUGAGGCAAGAGCUGGAGCUGAGGAUCACCAAAGAACAGGAGACGUACGACGAGAAGUUCGACGAGGAGGUGAAGAGCAUCUGCACCGCGCUGUUAAAUAAAAACCCCAAAGAGAGGCUGGGCUGCUCGGGUUCUGGAGGGAGGGACGUGAAGUCACACCCGUUUUUUCAGGAGAUCAACUUCCGGAUGCUGGAGGCAGGAUUGAUUGAGGCGCCCUUUACGCCUGAUCCCAGACACGUGUACUGCAGCGACGUGCAGGACAUCGACGAGUUCUCCACGGUGAGGGGGGUUGUUCACACCGACAAAGACGACCAGUUUUACAAACAGUUCAACACAGGAAGUGUCCCCUUGUCCUGGCAAAACGAGAUGAUGGAGACCGGAUGUUUCAAAGAGCUGAAUGUCUUUGGUCCAGGAGGAACUCGGACUCCAGACCUAGUGUGGUCCUACACCCCAGUGUCAGAGCCCAGGCCCAAACGGGGUCUCUUUCGCAAACUUUUCCAUAAACGGAAUCCCUCAGACCCGUCUGUGGAGAUCCGACAGAACCUGAUGCCCAGUGAACCCACAGCGAACUCGGAAGCCAUCAGCUCGACGCUCUGAGGGACAAAGACUGAGACUGUAGCCGCACAGAGGAGAAGAGUCUGCUUCUUCUGGCGCCGCAUCGUCCUCCAAACACAGCAGCACUCAAACGCCUCGACGGAGAGACGUUUACAGAACAAAAACUUACUGGCAUUUUAUGUAGCUUUUGGAAGCUUUUUAUAUUUUAUAUUAACAUUUGAGUUGUUUUUAAAUCUUAAUGCGUCCUCAUUAUGAUCUGUGAUGAAGAAAAAUGAAUAAAGAGUUUUUUUGGAAAACUUUCAUGUUUU